UGCUCCUUAUCUGGCACACCAUCACUCGACAAGCUAUCCUCAAUGCAACAAUGAUCACCACACCGUGGGGAUCCGCACCCUCCCGCAGUCCCGACCCACCAUGGCAGCGCCUUCUGGAUCGCAUCAAUUGCCUUCGCAACGGUGGGGAGGACUGUCGUCAAUCCUUCCACAUCCACCUCGCCAUCCUCAGUCUCGUCUUGACCCUCGCCCUUUUCCGGAAAGCCCUCGUCGCAGGCCCGCUCAAAGCCAAAUCUCUUCCGCCUCGAUUGAAAAGUCGAGCUGUGGUAGAUGAUAUCUUGGUACAUCCGGUGAAAAGCUGUGCGGCCAUCUCGUUGGAAAAGGCGAGGAUUGGGAGGAAAGGGUUGGAGUUGGAUAGGAGGUGGAUGGUGGUGAGGCGGGGCAAGGAGGAGGGUAAGUGGGACAAGAUAAGUCUGAGGGAGGAGCCUCGCCUCACCCUAAUACAGCCCAGCAUAGAGGCAGAUGGGCUCCACCUCUCCCUCUCCGCUCAAGCGCGCCUGCCAGAUGGCGCUCAGCCCUCCCUCCCACCGAUUGCGAUACCGUAUCGUACCACAAGAGACAACUGCGUCGAAGUCCUCCCUUCAGUAGCCAUGUGGGGUGACUCUGCUGAUGGACUAGUCGUCCCUCUGCUCCCCUCCUCCUCCUCUCCGCAAUGGUCGAAAAGUCCAUCCUCGUGGCUCUCCCACUUCCUAGGCUACGAAGUUCGCCUCAUCCAGUUCGCCCCCCUCGAUCCAUCAACCGAGGGGGAACGUCGCGCUUUCCCCAUAUACAAGGACGCGCACCUGGCUGGAAAGGCAGAGCAGGCUCGCAUGCGCUCUGACCCGCAACCUUUGGAAUGGCAGGACGAAUAUCCACUACUUGUUGCGAGUAAGGAGAGCUUGGGAGACCUACAGGAGAGGAUUGCGGAUGCAGGAAAGGCUGAGGACGGCAGCGAUGGGAGGGGUGGAAGAGGAGUGAGCGAGAAGAUGUUCAGUAGAGAGAAGUGGAAGGAGCGAGCCGGUAAAGGUGAAGCGGAUUGGUUGAAUAUCAGGAGGUUCAGGGCCAACAUCGUCUUGAGAGGUGUCGAUGACAAUGCCGAGAGUCAGGAGGGAGCAGCAGCUGCGAAGGCAAAUCGUUCCAUUCGCCCUUGGGAAGAGGACCAGUGGACACGAAUCGACUUCCCUCUCCCAUCCUCCUCAUCUUCCCCACCAGAGACCACCACACCCUGCCUCCAUCUAGUAGCCAGGUGCGAGCGCUGCCUCCUCACAACGGUCGACCCCAUCACCGGCGAGAAGCAGGACGCAGGCGUCCCAUUAGCCUUUCUCCGUAAAGACGAGCGAAGCCAUCUAGUCAAGCACAUGAAGGAGAAGGGAGGGCAUGGCAGGAAGGGACCCAUCUUUGGGAUGUAUGCUAUUCCUGGUAUGGGAGAAGAGGAAGGGGAGGAGGGGUUUGAGGUGCAGAAAGGGAUGGAGGUCAUUUGUUGGUGGCGGAGAGAAGUGGAAGAAUGAGGAGCCAUCGAUACCAAUUGAGACGAUCUGACUCGACGCGUCAAGGCUGGCACUCGGGAUGAAAUGAUUGAUUGGCUAUGACUGGAGGUGAGAAGUACAUGACGACGACAAAGCUCCGCUUUGCCUCUCAUCGGUGGCGUUGAGCAGGCGCGAGCUGAUACUGACGACGACGAGGCGGACGGAUGGCGGUGACGCGGAGAUCGAGGUUGGAUACGAUGUUUGCGCCUCGGCAAAUCUGACUACUU